AUGGAGCCGAUGACGCUCAUACAGAGUGGGGCUUUUAUUUUGAAAACCACACCCGGAAGUGUGUUUGCUAAAUCAACACAGGUAGCAAUGAGCUACGCACUCCAGGAGGAGAGUCUGUUGAUGAAUUGCAGCGUUGUGUUUGUGACAAAGCUGCAAACAUUAUAAAUGACCGUGUGGUGAUAGGUGUUCGGCGGACGGUAUCUGACGCUGAUAAAAAAACACACGGAAGGCUUUAGAGAAACCCGAGCCUGGUGGUGUUUGGCUGGUGAGUGAACUUUGUUUUUGUCCAGUAACGUGCUGUUGCUCAGUGUGUGCCUGUAGUAGAUGGUUUUAAGAAAAAAGAUGUGACCACACGUAAAAACCGUCUUUAAUUUGCGCAGAGUGCAAACACAGUCACGAGGUAAGUUCAUCCUAGUGACAGGUGCUAGCUAGCUAAACACCUUGUCUGUUUCCUGUUUUACUUGUCUGACGUUAUCCCUGUUCCUUGACGCUUCAUAUUAUAAUCCUUUCAAACUAAUGAGAUUACGACGAAGUUAAAACCACCAACUUUAAAGAAAAAGGAGGAAGAAAGUGUGCUGAGUAUGGAGCCCUUUAUUUCAAAGACUGCCCCCCCUGCAUGAAUAUUAAAGCCCAGUGUCUGUGAGUGACUCAUCUGUAUAGAGUGGAUGCAGCACUGGCCAAUAACAUACUUGUAUUUUAACUUUGUUUGUAAACCGAUUAACCGAUCACAGUACCGAUAAAACUGUGAUCUAGAUUUAUACAGUUCUACAUUAUCUACACUAUCGCUAAAAUUAGUAACAUCAUCAUCAUUGCUGGGUGAUUUUUACCCAAAAUAAUAAUAAUAAUAAUAAUAAUAAUAAUAAUAAUAAUCAUCAUCAUCAUUAUAAUAAUAAUAACUAUAUUUUUAUAGCACUUUUAAAAACAGAAGUUUACAAAGUGCUUUGACAAACAGUUGCAAAGCAUCAGUACAUGGAGAUAAAAACAAAUAAAAAACAAAAGCUCAGUUAAAACAAGGCCUCCGAAGUGAAGGCCAUUUUCAUUUGUCAUAAGAAACUCAGGCAAUACAAGAACAUACACCAUAAAAUGAGACCAGUUCACCUUACAGAAAGUAACUUCACUCCAAUUAUCUUAUGAUGAAGCAUAUUUAACCUAAGCAUCCUCCCUGUCCGAUGUGUUUUUUUAAUCCCUGUUUCCUGUACUCUUUAAAAGGUAAAGGUGUGUGUGCAAAACGUGGGCCUAGCCAGCGUGACUAAUGUGUGUUUAAUUUAUGCCUAAUUGAUCUUUCAGGGUUUGAAUAUGGCUCUGUCUUUCCUUCUGGUCUUUGCUGCAACUGUGAUCCUCAUUAGACCUGAAACACCAGUUACAAAGGUAUAACUAAUUGGUACCUCUAUGAAACUGUGUGUUUUGUUUGGGUGAUUUGUUUGGGUUGGGUUGUUAAUAUGUGACUCAUGUCCUGUCUGUAGGCCCUGCAUCAAAACUCACUGGAGUGCUGUGGAGAGAAACAUCGAGGGAACACUUCAUGUUCAAAUGAUACUCACUGUGAACCAGGUGAUAUAGAUAUACAAAACAUGCAUGUCUAGUUAUGAUCAUGAGGAAUCUAGUUAUUAAGUUAUGAGGAAUCUAUGCACCGGCUUUAACAUGUGUUUGGCACUUAACAAUAGUUUGCUUUUUGCAGGAUGCUUCAUGCGUAUCCUUGAGAACAGCAACACUGUUUGUAUAUUCUGUGACUCCACAGCUGUGGAUUUGGAAAACAUAACAGUCUGCACCUACAGUAAGAUUUUUGAGCUACCUGUUAAUGUUUUUAAAAAUGUAUUUCAGUUUGAAUGUGGAAAAUUUUAAUCAUGUUUCUAUCUACAAUUUUUCCUUUUUUUGUCCUCACUAGACUACACAGUUGAGAGGAAGAAUCACACAACUGUAACUACUGUCAUUCCUAAAAUUGGUAAGUUUUAUUCCUACUUUCAGAUUUAAGCUAUUCGAAGAAAAUUUGUUUCAAACUGUCUUCCCUGGUUUUCAUGUUUGAUGAUUUUGAAAUUUAAGUCAGAAAAAAAAUGUUUUACACAAUUAAACAUGGAAACCAGACUAGCCCCAUGUGUGAUCAAAGUGUUUCUCCUGUUUCUUGCUUUUUCUUUGAGCAGGAGGGCCGGGUGUGGCCGCCUCUCUUCUUCUUGGAACGCUGUUGAUCAGCCUGUUCCUGAUCCUCUCUGUCGCCUCCUUUUUCUACCUCAAACGCUCCAACCGACUCCCGAGCAUCUUUUAUCGUCGCAAUAAGGGUAAAACCUGCACGGCUCUGACACACUGACUGUCGUUACACAAACAUGGCUGUGGGGCUCAACCGUUCCUGUUGAUGUACCACACCCAUUAAAUCCUUGAUAGUAAAACAUGGACUUGUUUUUGAAUAUGGAAAACACAACAAUGAUGUUUUGACAUGAUCUGUUUUGGGUAAAUUGAAUCUUUUAUUCAAUUCUUUUUACAGCCUUCAUAUUCCAGCCAAGUGAAACAGUAAGUCAGUUUUUACAUCUUAUUAUCACACACAUCUACAUUUAUAGCUUUGUGCAGAUACUUAAAAUACAACCUCAGUUAAGUUUUUGUAUUUGUGAGUCCUUUUAUCUCACAGGGAUGGUGUUAAGUUGUUCUUUCUCUCUAUCCAGGCUGUCAUGAUCCCAUCCUCGUCAGGUGAGAUUACUUCACUGUCUGAGAUUGUUUACUACCUCUGUCAAAACUGUAACUCUCAGGGCUUGUGGAACAGGUUGUGAAGCUGUUGAGCAAUGAAAAAUAGUCAAAUUAUUACUCAGGUGUACUUGGCAAAAGUUCAAAUUUUCCCUAGUCUUAAACAUGACAAAACUUAGGACAAAGAUGGUACUAACUGUUUUCUCUUGAUUACAUGUUCUCUGUGUUUCCUGUGCAGUGAGGAAGCCAAGAUAUGUCAGGAGGGAGCGGCCCUCCGCAACAUCCACCCUGAACAGCGCCACUGUGCCCACCACAUCCACCACUGAAGACUAUAAUGUGUAG